AUGGCCGACUCGGGCGUCGACUCCGAGGAGACCAUCUUCCAACUGCUUAAAAAGGCGGACCCAAAAGAGCUUGAGCAACGCCAACAAGCUAUCAACGAGAGAAGACACAAGACCUUCCAGCUGACCCAGCAGCGGCUCGCCGAAAUCAUCGACCAGAAUUCGACACUCCCGACCACUGUUUCCUCAGUCACUGUCCUAGGUGCCCCUUACACACGGGAUGGUUUCUUAAAGCGGGUGGUCGAUCCCUUGUUGAGUGCCAACCGCGACCGGCCGUAUACGCAAUCAGAGUUGAUACAUGAAGUAUCCCGAGCAGCGCAGAAGCUUAGGAGAUUUGGGAUCUUUCACGAACCCGUUUCGGUGUACCUCGACAAGUCUGCAAAGACCGACCCAACAACGACCCCGACGGACGUUGCUGUCUACUACUCAGUAAAGGAAAGAAGUCGGAUAUUUGCAAAGACUGGGACAGACCUCGGCAAUGCGGAGGGUUCAGCCUAUGCCAACGUGCAAUGGAGGAACCUGUUCGGCGGCGCGGAGACUCUCGACGUGAACGCAUCUAUUGGAACACGGACACGGUCAUCAUAUCAAGCUCUGUUCGAUACGCCCGUGCUCAGCAACCCUGACAUACACCUCCAAUUUGCCGGAGUUCAAAGUGCAACUCAAAAGGCUUUUGCCAGCCAUGAAGAAGUGCUUAAGGGCGGGUGGAGCAAACUCCGCUGGGCGACAUCAACCGGUUCAUCUCACGAGGUAGGAUACGAUGGCUUGUGGCGGCAAGUUACAGGACUUGCUCAGAACGCUUCCACGACAGUCAAGAACGAGGCGGGCGAUUCUUUCAAGAGCAGUAUAUCACAUACGUGGAUGGCCGAUCGAAGAGACAACCCCAUGCUUCCCUCGCGAGGAUACUAUGCCAAAACGACGUCCGAGUUGGCUGGAUGGGGCCCGCUCCGAGGAGAUGUUGCAUUUUUCAAAGGCGAAGUCGAGACCCAGUCAGCCCUACCAGUGCCUCUCCCAGGCGUGAAAGGCGACAGCGGGAUCAGUCUGACGACCGGACUCCGUGCAGGGCUGCUCUACCCCUUGGCUUUGGGCUCGAACCCCUAUCCCGAGAUGUCCCGUAUCAACGAUCGAUUCCAGCUCGGUGGACCGAAUGACGUUCGAGGUUUCCGGCUGUCAGGCCUUGGACCUCAUGACGGUCCAGAUGCCGUGGGCGGUGAUCUUUAUGCCGCGGGCAGUGCAAAUCUCCUGCUACCACUCCCAAGGGUUGGAAAGGAUAAGCCACUCCGGUUUCAGGCCUUUGUCAAUGGUGGAAGAUUACUGUCAGUACGAAAUCCGGAGAAAGAGGGCCCUAUGACAGGCGAGGAAGUCAAGCAGAGUGUAGCCGAUGCCAUCAGCGACCUCGCCAAUGGUCUGCCCACCAUGUCGGCCGGUGUUGGCCUGGUCUAUGCUCACCCUGUGGCACGCUUUGAACUCAAUUUCUCCUUACCUCUCGUGGUUCGGAAGCAUGAAGAGGCCCGGAAAGGAGUGUCCUUUGGCAUCGGGAUCAAUUUCCUGUAG